UGUCCGAAGGCGGGAGGCACCUUCUGUCUGGUUGGCAAACGACGCAUGGGAGCACAAGCAUCCAGCAGGCUGCUGAGAAGCCGGUGGAAGCACGCGUCUGCAGUGCCAGAUACGGGCUCGGAUUCGCUGUCCGUGAACAAGAUCAAGGUCGUCAUACUGGGCGAGCCAGAUGUGGGCAAGUCAACCCUCUUCAGACGCUGGAUGGGAUCUCCGCUCGACGUCAACUACGUGCCGUCUACAACGGGUGAGCAAGCGAGGCUGUUCUGUGUAAUUAAACACUGAUUUAUGAGCAUCCAACAACAACUCGUCGAUUAGCUAGCGUAGGUGCCAAGCUGCUUCGACUGGAGGGAAGCGAGCCAGUAGUUUUUGAAGUGCGUCCUUGACAUAUUUACUUAAUGGUGACGAAAUCAUAUCAUGUUGACAGGUUGGUGUUCGCAGCUAUGGGACGUGCCUCCGCAGAGUUAUGCCGGUUCAGGCAUCUUUGCGCGCUACUUUCGCGGUGCCCAGGCAGUAGUGCUGGUUUUCAGUUUGCAGAGGCCAGCUUCGUGGCGAGCACUGCCCACGUACCUUGACGUCGCCCGUCGAGAGAUCGCCGCGAUCGAGACGAUUGCACCUGAAUCAGGGACGUCGUUGCCGGUUUUGAUGGUCGGCAACAAACGCGACUGCAUCGACAAAGAUACCCAACAAGAGCACGACGCAGCUCGCUCGUGGUGUCGUGAUCAUGGCGUUGCCUACAUUGAGAUGUCAGCGCUUUCUGGGGACUCGAGCACCGUGCUCAACGUCCUGAAGCUUCUCGCCUCGACUAGCAAUCCCUCUUCAAGCUGAUUCCUCCUGCAUCGUAACCGAGCGAGUUUUUUUCUGAAGUCAACUCGGUAUGUGGAAACACUAUUUUGUGGUACACAUAUUAUGCAACACAAUCGCCACGUCACAUGGCCGUUUGCGCAUCGUUGAUUGUUGCUCCAAUGUAGCGCUAAUUCGAGGACGC